UGUGGAGGGCGGAGUCAAAGACGCACGCUUUCUUAGGAUAAAUGAACAGAAAAACUGUGCAGCUGCCUGUAACGUACAACUCUUGACAAUUUAACUUCGCUGAGAGACGUCAAACUGCCAAAAUGACUGAGAAGAAGGCAGUGAUAAAGAAUGCAGACAUGUCUGAUGAGAUGCAGCAGGAUGCUGUGGACUGUGCCAUGCAGGCUAUGGAAAAGUACAACAUUGAAAAGGAUAUCGCUGCCUUCGUCAAAAAGGAAUUUGACAAGAAGUACAACCCCACAUGGCAUUGCAUCGUUGGGAGAAACUUUGGCAGCUACGUGACGCAUGAGACGAAGCAUUUCAUCUACUUCUACCUGGGCCAGGUGGCCAUUCUACUGUUCAAGUCGGGCUGAAAUCCAAACAUGCCCCUCCCCCUCCCCUGAAAACUACUUUUAAUUCAGCCCGUAAUACUACUUCUGUGCCACUGUUCAUUUGCAACCACCUUUCUGCAGAAAUGCCUACCUCAUGGUUUCAUGUUGGCUUCAUUUGAUCAUAGAAAAUGUCAAUUUAUAACUAUGCUCCAUUCCAGCACCCAAUCAGUGUUUUUGCAUCUGCCAGUCUUGUGACUGAUGAUUUCUGUAUUAUUAUUUUUGCUGUGCAUAGAUGUGUGGACCUUGUACAUUGUUUCAUAUGGAUAUGUUGUAUAAUAACUUAUUUUUCAUGGAAUUAAAAUGAGCAACGGAGUUUUUGUUUAAAUGCCUUUUUUUAAUUUCCAGUGUUGACUGAGAUUGACUAUAAAUUCCAAGACUUGCAAUUAAUAAAGAACUACACGCCAAGAGAAUGAAGGUUUUCUACAUGCUUUAACAUUCCUGUUUCCACUUCAGUUGUGAAUCUUUACAAUGUUAGUGCUGUAUAUCUCUGGAAUGUAAUUUAGUGUGCAGUUUGGUAUUGUACAAUUUUCAACAUGUUGAGCACAAAACGACUGACGCAGUAAAUUUGUUUAAAAUGUU